AUGGCCACCAUCCCCCUUGGCUUCAACAUCGAUGCCCCGCGCUGGGACCAGAGCACCUUCAUGGGGCGCCUGAAGCAUUUCCUCAACAUCACCGACCCGCGGACAGUGCUGGUGCCGGAGGAGGAGCUGGACCGGGCCAAGGCCCUAGUGGAAGGCUGCAGGGCUGGGCUGGUGCCACCGGGAAGCAGCCAGGAGCAGCUGCUCUAUGCCAAGAAGCUGUACGACUCGGCCUUCCACCCUGACAGUGGUGAGAAGAUGAACCUCAUCGGGAGGAUGUCCUUCCAGGUGCCGGGGGGCAUGGCCCUCACCGGCUGCAUGCUCCAGUUCUACCGAACUGUGCCUGCUGUGGUUUUCUGGCAGUGGGUGAACCAGUCCUUCAACGCCAUCGUCAACUACACCAACCGCAACGCCGCCUCCCCCAUCUCACUGAGGCAAAUUGGGGUGGCUUAUGUCACGGCCACCAGUACAGCCCUGGCCACCGCAGUGGGACUCAACCUCUACACCAAGCGAGCCCCCCCCUUGCUGGCCCGCUGGGUUCCCUUCGCAGCCGUGGCUGCUGCCAACUGUGUCAAUAUCCCCAUGAUGCGGCAACAGGAGAUCAUCAACGGGAUCACGGUGACAGACAGGGACAACAACGAGCUCGGCCACUCCAGGGUGAGUCUGGGGAUGGGUGUCCGGAUUGGGGCACCGCACGGCAGGGUUAUUUUGCCCAUCAUCAUGGAGCGACUGGAGAAAUUCCCCUUCAUGCAGCGGAUCCGGGUUCUCCACGGGCCUCUGCAAGUGCUGCUCUGUGGGGGCUUCCUCCUGUUCAUGGUGCCAGCAGCUUGUGCCCUGUUCCCGCAGAGAUGCUCCCUUGCACUGGCUGACCUCGAGCUGGAGCUGCGUGACAGCAUCGUGGCCAAGCACGGAGACAAAGUGCCAUAUGUCUAUUUUAACAAGGGACUGUGA